AUGGCAGAGCCAAUUAGACAAGCAUACGGUGUCAAAGAUAUAGAGCCGUUCUAUGUUGGUGCCACUGCAGCUGCCUUUUCUGAAGAUGGUUCUAUUGUCGCUACCCCGUUAAACGAAGAUGUCGUGGUGACUGACUUGGCUUCCAAUACUAUUCUCCAUACGCUAGAAGGCGAUGGUGAGCUUGUCACUGCCCUUGCAUUAACUCCAGAUGGAGCUCAUCUUGCUGUCAUUUCCCAGUCACAGCAGCUUCGAGUCUAUAACGUUGAAACUGGAGAGGUCACAAAACAGACAAAGCUUUCAGCACCAGUGUACAUCGCCACGGCUGAUGAGACGUCUUCUCUUUUUGCAUUUGGAUCCACUGACGGUGUUGUCACUGUGUGGGACGUUGAGGGUGGAUACAUCACCCACUCGCUUAAAGGACAUGGUACAAUCAUCUGUUCUUUGUGUUUCCAUGGCCAGCUUCAUUCGUCUAAGUGGAUGGUAGCGCUGGGAGACACUAUGGGUACGUCUAAGGUGUGGGAUUUAGUGAAGAGAAAGUGUAUUUCUACGCAUCAAGAGCAUUCAGGUGCUGUUAGAGGUCUUGCCUUUUCGCCAGAUGGAGAGCAGUUCAUCACAGGUGGUAGAGAUGCCGUGGUGGUGUUAUACAACACCGAUAACUUACGAAAGGUGGUAAACACGAUAACAGUCAGACACCAAGUGGAGUGCUGUGGCUUUGUAAAGAUUCCUCUGGGAGAACUGGUGUUCUACACUGCUGGUUCUGAAAACCAGGUCAAACUUUGGGACAUCACAUCUGGCAAACCACUCGGUGGAUCUCCCAAGCCGUUGGAAACUUCCGAAGAGCUCAUGACUAUUGAUGUAAUCCACACAAAUGAUGAUACCCGUUUAUGGAUGAUUGUGUCUGAUCAAACUAUGGUCGAGUUGUCUCUAGAAGACAUGUUCGUUGAGGAAGGAGCUGCUGUUAUUCCAAUAACGAGAAGAGUAGCUGGUAACCAUGGUAUUAUUGCUGACCUUCGAUAUGCUGGUCCUGAUAUGAAUCUUGUGGCUAUGGCCACCAACGCUCCAGCCUUGAGAGUGGUGGACUUACAGAAUGCUCCACUUGAUGUCCAGCUUUACGAGGGCCAUACAGACUUACUUAAUUGCAUAGACGUUUCCGAAGAUGGAAAAUGGAUUCUCACAGGAAGCAAGGAUAAUCUGGCGAGACUUUGGGGAUGGAACGAGGAGGAAGAGGGCUUUUCUUCUUUUGCUGUAUUCACAGGCCACGCUGGAGCUGUUUCUGGCUGUGCUUUACCAAAGAAUAUCAACAACGUUCCAGCAUUCGUCAUCACUGCUUCUGCUGACUUGACGGUGAAGAAGUGGAAGGUACCAAAGGAGGCUGGGUCCACGGUUAAAACCAGUGAGUACACUAGAAGAGCACACGACAAGGAUAUCAACUGUCUUGCUAUCGCUCCAAACGACGAGCUUUUUGCCACAGCAUCUUUCGAUAAGUUGGGUAAAGUUUGGGACUUGGAGUCAGGCGAGACUGUUGGUGUUCUCAAGGGUCACAAAAGAGGACUUUGGGAUAUCAGCUUUUGUCAGUAUGAUAAGCUUAUCGCCACGGGAUCUGGAGAUAAGACAGCCAAGAUCUGGCUGUUGACGGACUAUACUUGUACCAAGACUCUCGAAGGACACACAAACGCCGUGCAAAGAAGUCGGUUCAUCAAUAAAAACAAACAAAUAAUGACCACGGGAGCGGACGGUUUAGUGAAGUUGUGGGAUGUCAAAGAAUCAGAAUGUGUGGCCACGCUUGAUAAUCAUAGCAACAGAAUCUGGGCUGCUGACGUGAAGGAAGACGGGUUGCAGAUGGUAACCGCUGAUGCAGACGGUCAUUUGAGUCUUUGGAGAGACCGGACUGAGGAGCUUCUUUUAGAGCAGGAAGAAAAGAAAAAAGAGAAAGUGGAGCAGGAACAGCAGUUGAGCAACUACAUUAAUAAGAACGACUGGAGUAAUGCCUUUUUGCUUGCGUUGACGUUGGAGCACCUGAUGAGAUUAUACAACGUGGUCAAAGCCGCCAUAGGGAGCAACGAUGACCCGGAGCUGGCGGUUGGCUCUAAACAGCUCGAGGAAACGAUGAAAAAUUUGCAAGACGAACAGAUGGAAGCACUUUUAAAGCGAGUCAGGGACUGGAAUAUCAACUUCAAGCAAUUUGAAAUCGCUCAGAAAGUUUUGACCGUGAUAGUUGCCCAGCUAGACAUGGAAAGAGGCAACAUUCGUAAGAUGGUGGAGCAGGUUAUUCCAUACAACGAAAGACAUUACCAGAGACUUGAGGAGUUGGUGGAACAAACAUACGUGCUUGACUAUGUUGUUCAAGAGAUGGAGAAGGCCUAA